AAACAUCAAGAAGAAGAAGAGGACGACGACGACGACGAAGAAGAAAAAGAAGACGUGUCGGCCAGCAGCUGUGACUCAGAGGUGUGUUAGCCGUUAGCUGAAGCUACAUCAGGACACCGUCAGGCUGAGUGUAAACAGACAGAUGGAGCCGCACCGUCAGCUAAUGGAGGAACCUGAGCUGAGAACUACAGCUCUGCCUCCAGGUGUGCGGCUGGUGGUCGUCGGUGAAGAACAGCCACACAUCAAGGAGGAAGAGGAGGAGACCGACAUCUCUGAGUUCUCCGUCACUGCCGUCACUGUGAAGAGUGAAGAUGAAGAUGAUGAAGUGUUUGAUCAGAGGCCACCUGAGGACAGCAGAGGGGAAUGUGGAAGACCAGCACCAGAACCAGGACCAGCACCAGGUGGACGUGAGACUGGAGACUCUUCUGAGACUGAUGUCAGUGAUGAUGAUGACGAUGAUGAAGGUCAGAGAGGUGGAGCAGGUGUGCAGGCAGUGUCAGAAGAGAAGGGUCACGAGUGUUCAGUGUGUAGGAAGAGCUUCUCUGAGAAGUCGUACCUGCAGAGACACAUGAGGACUCACACAGGUGAGCGGCCGUUCAGCUGCUCCCUGUGUGCGCAGAGGUUCAAUCAGAAAGCUCACCUGAGGAGUCACCUGAAGACGCACACAGGAGAGAAACCCUUCAGCUGCUCUCUGUGUGGCAAACGCUUCGCCGAGAACUCCUAUCUGCUGCGUCACCUGAGGAGCCACGCGGGAGUGAAACCAUUCAGCUGCUCCGAGUGCAGCAAGAUGUUCGCGAGCAGAACCAACCUGAGAAACCACAUGAAGACCCACCAGAACCGACUCAGCUGUUCACUCUGUCACCUAAGCUUCACCCGACACCAGCAACUCCGCAAACAUCAGUGUGUCGAAGCAAACUCAACCAGGAACAGAGUCCUGAUGCCCCGCCCUCGCAGUGACGAGUUGGUGGUGUUGGUGAGCGUACCUGUGGGACAGGUGAUCAGCCUGAGGCCCGCCAUGACUGAGCAGCACAAAGAGACUCCGAGCUGACGGAGACAUCUCCUCUUUUUCUGUUGUCACGGUUCACACUUAAUUCGACAUCACCUUAUGAUCAAAGCAGUUUGCUGUCUGUGCUCCAGGACAACUCCACAUACUUCUUCUGCUCAAAGUUCUGAUCCAGCUUGUUAAUAGAAUUCAAAGACUAUUAAAGUUAAAGGUAGAAUCAGUAGGAUUUGUCCCAGCUGUUCCUGAACGCACCACAGAGACAGUUGAUUGUUGAGUCUCAUUCCCAGGA